AUGAGCUGGAGAGGAAGUUUGCUUUGGGCCUCUUUGAGAAAGAACUCACUCUUACUGUUGCAGACAAAGGAGUCAGCUGCUGCUGCUGCUGCUGCUGCUGCUGCUGCUGCGAUUGCUGCUGCUGAUGGUGCUGCUGCUGCUGCUGAGAUUGUUGCUGCUGAGAUUGCUGCUGCUGAGAUUGCUGCUGCUGUUAUUGCUGCUGCUGAUGGUACUGCUGCUGAUGGGGCUGCUGGGGGUGGUGCUGGUGGUAGUGGUGGUUGCUGGCGUGGUGGUGGUGGUGUUGCUGCUGCUGCUGCUAGUGCUGCUGCUGAUUAUUAUUAUUAUUAUGCUGUUGCUUCUGUUGCUGCUGCUGCUGCAUGUGUAGUUGCUGCUGCUGCUGUUGGUGAGGUUGUUGGUGCGGCUGCUUCUGUUGCUGCUGCUUCCGGUCGUAGUAUUGCUGCUGCUGCUGUUGCUGUUGCUGCUGCUCCUCAUUCCCCUGCCCCUACUGCAGCAGCAGCAGCAGCAGCUGCUGCUGCUGCUGCUGCUAUCUGCAUCAUCCCCAGCCAGCACCUCCAACAGCAACAGCAGCAGCAACAGCAGCAGCAGCAGCAGCAGCAUGGUGGUGGUGGUGGUGAUGCUGCUGCUGCUGCUAGUGCUGCUGCUGAUUAUUAUUAUUAUGCUGCUGCUUCUGUUGCUGCUGCUGCUGCAUGUGUUGUUGCUGCUGCUGCUGUUGGUGCGGUUGUUGCCAGCACCUCCAACAGCAACAGCAGCAGCAACAGCAGCAGCAGCAGCAGCAGCAGCAGCAUUUGUGUUUGUGUGCAGGUGUCAGUGCUUGACGUGCUGCUGCUGGGGGGGGGGCAGCGGGUCGCCUACUCAACAGCAGCAGGAAGAGUGGGGGUUGCAUGCGCAUGCACGGGGCAGCAGCUUGCUGCGCUUGAGCCGCAGCAGCAGCAGCAGCAGCAGCAGCAGCAGCAGCAGAGGCCAGCAGCAGCACUGUCUCUUGCUUAUAUGGGAAAUGAGACGCAGCAGCAACUGCAGCAGCAGCAGCAGCAAGACGAAGCUCUUGCUGUUGGAUAUGGAGACGGCAUGGUGCGGCUCUGGUCGUUGCAGCAGCAGCAGAUCCUCUGCUCGUGCAGCACUGCUUCUGGUGCAGUGCAUGCGCUUUGUUUCAACAGCAGCAGCAGCAGCAGCAGCAGCCAGCAGCAGCAGCAGCAGAGGCCAGCAGCAGCACUGUCUCUUGCUUAUAUGGGAAAUGACACGCAGCAGCAACUGCAGCAGCAGCAGCAGCAAGACGAAGCUCUUGCUGUUGGAUAUGGAGACGGCAUGCUGGCUGCAGCAGCGGGGACCUGCUGCUGCUGUCUGUAG